AUGCUCAAGUUGUUCGUACUCAUUGCCGUCGCCAUUUGCGCUGUUAACGCAGGCAUCAUCGGAGGUUAUGGAAUCGGCCAUGGUGCUGUCAUAGCAGCUGCCCCAGCUGUCCACGUUGCAGAGUCCUACCAAAACAGUAACCAAAUUUCCCUUCAUCCAACUCCAAUCAUCGUAUCUCACGCUGCACCAGUGAUCACCAAAGUUGCUGCUGCCCCAGUUCUUUAUGCUUCUCAUGGUCUCAGCUACGGUGGUCAUGGGCUUGGACUCCAUUGAGUUUUAUACAAUGGAAUGAGUUAGCUGGUGCGAAUUCAUCUUGAAUGUUGUAUAUACAUAUUUAA